ACCUGCUAACCACAACGAAGGAAGGCAAAUUAGGCUGACAGGAAGGAGCUGCAACAUGAAACAGUAUCUCUAGCAGCAGACAGUAGUGACGGAGUCAAAGCACGGCAAAGUUUUUCUGAUGUGUUUAAUUUGCUCGCUAGUCUUCAACUAGGUUUCACUCCUAUAUACGCUUGACAUCGUUCUACACCUGCUCUCUAGAAUUAUGGCAUUACCAUAUAAAACAUCUAUCUGGGCAGCCUUUUACAUCCUUUGACACCUACAGACAACUUCUACAAGCCCAUGACACAAACUGGAACGUCUGAGGGCAGAAAUGAUCAAACUUUUUCAUGGAGAAGAAAGCACAUUAUGAUUCGAUCAUGGACCGAAGCAAGCGCAUUAUGUGGCAGGACGACUGCUACGUUGAUCUUCAGUCUACGGCCUGCUCCGUCUUGUCACAGGCAGAAACAGAGGAUCUUGGCUGGAUCCAAAAGCAUCAAGACCAGCUGCAGCGCUUCAUUACAACCUCCUUUCUGGAGGGGAUGUUGACCCACCUGAGAAAGGUCGAAGUCUUGAGUUCAGCUGAGGAGACCAAGAUCAAGGGAGCAGGCCGGCUGCAGGACCAGGUUAACAUGCUCACAACUAUUGUCACUGGCAAAGACACUCAGGGGUCUGAUGUUCUCCGGGGCUUCAUAGAGAGCUCAGAUUCUCAAGUGGCCCAGCUCAUCAUAAACCACGAUUCCAUGGUGAAGGAGCACAAAGAGGUGCUGUUACGGCGAUACGAGCAGUACAGAGACAGAGAUUCGGUCAGCUGCCCCAAACUCAACAUCUCCUCAAGAACCUUACUUCUGGUUGAUGGACUUUCCGACCUCCAGCAAAAAGAACAUGACUUAAUGCAGGUGGGGGUGACUCGAGGAAGGAAAAGAAAUCAUCUCAGACAGCUGGGGUUGGCCAAACUCUUGGAGCCCCUAACCCGGGUCAGCUUACCUCCCAGAGUCUCCCUCACAGUCGGGGUGGCUGGUAUUGGCAAGACAACCUGGGUCCGACACUUCAUCAGACAGUGGAGCCAAGGGGUCAUCUGCACAGAUGUGAGCUUCGUCUUCCCUUUCACUUUUUCUGAGCUGAACUCAUUAGAGAAACUUUCUGCUGAGAGGCUUGUGAAAAUGGCUUUUCCCCAUUUAACAGACCCCAAUCUGAUCCUGAGCAGCUCCUGUCGCACACUGCUCAUACUUGACGGUUUGGAUGAAUUCCGCUGCACUUUAAAUUUCUCAGAUGCAGCUCCUUGCAACGACCCAAAGAAAGAAGUGUCCAUUGAUGACCUGGUUACUAACAUCAUCCGGGGGAAUCUGCUCCCUGAUGUAGCAGUGUGGGUGACUUCCAGGCCAAGAGUGGCCUCACUCAUACCUGGAGGAUUGGUUGACAGGGUGACUGAGAUCCCAGGAUUCAGCCCAAAUGACAUCCAGCUCUUCCUAAACCACCACUACUCUGAGAGGGAUUUUGCCAGUAAAAUAUGGGCACACUUGGAGUCCUAUAAGAUCUUAAUGGUGAUGUGCUACAUACCAUGCAUUUGCUGGAUAGUAGCUGAUACUCUGGUGUACAUCAUGCAGAGCGGAACACAAGAGAGUCUUCCAAGGACUUGUACUGAACUGUACACUCACUUUUGCUCCAUGAAGGCAGAAGUAGGUGAGCCAAGAGGCCGGGAGCCUGUAAAGGUGGAGCAGCUCCAUGGAAGCAAUCGCAAACUGCUGGGGAAUCUUGGACGACUGGCGUUUUAUGGGCUCCUCAAACACAAGUACACCUUCAGUGAGCAGGACCUCAGGGCCUAUGGAAUAGAUCUACUGCUAACUCAGUGCAGUCUUGGUGCUGGAGUUCUUGUUCGGGAGGAGUCGGUUAUAUACACAACAUAUCGGUUCACUCAUUUGACACUGCAGGAGUUUCUAGCAGCUACUUUCUACCACGUCUCCUCCAAGCGGGCCAUCUUUGACUUAUUCUCAGAGAGCACUAUGUCUUGGCCCAAGAUUGGUUUCCAGAACCACUUUAGAAGUGCCUUUCAGCACUCGCAACAAGCUGAAGAUGGUCACUUGGAUAUGUUUGUGCGCUUCCUGACGGGCCUGCUAUCCUCAGUGGCACUGAAACCUCUUGCUGGGCUACUGGCACUCGGGAAAGAUGAUGGCAAUCAGAAGGCAUGGGCAGCAGGGUUCUUGCAGGGCCUCUUGGUCAGCGGGGGUGCUGUUGUGUCACUGCGUGCAGUCAACCUGGCUUAUUGUUUACAGGAGCUGCAACAUACAGAGCUGUUGCGGAGUGUAGAGGAAGAUUUACAGAUGGGAAGUCUAGCAGGGAAGUUAACUCGGGCUCACUGUGUUGUGCUGGGCUACCUCCUGCAUGUGUCUCCAGAGUGCAGUGAACAGACCAACCUAACAGGCUCUCUGAACUACACAACAGUGAAAUGUUUGCUCCCACAGUUGCUAUACUGCAGCCAUCUCAGGUUAGAGAAUAAUCACUUCAAAGAUGAUGUCAUGGAAUUGCUGGGAAGCCUCCUGAGCGCCAAAGACUGCCAUAUCCAGAAGAUAAGUUUGGCAGAGAAUGACAUCAGCAACAAAGGUGCUAAAGCCCUCAGUCGAGCCCUCUUGGUGAACCGGACGCUAACUUCUCUCAAUCUCCGGAACAACAACAUCGGCUCUAAAGGUGCCAAGUUCCUGGCAGAGGCUCUGAAAAUGAACCAAGUGCUGGUAUCUGUCAACUUUCAGAACAAUGCCAUUGAGGAGGAAGGUGCUCAGGCCCUUGCAGAAGUACUGCAGUGCAACCGCAAACUGGUGUCUCUCAAUCUACAGAAGAACACGAUUGGAGCGGGAGGAGCUAAAAGGAUUGCAGAUGCACUGAAGACAAACCGGACUCUUACAAAGCUGAUUCUUUGUAGCAACCAACUUGGGGACAAAGGAACAAUCGCUCUGGCAGAGGCUUUGACAGUCAACCACACUCUGCUGUCACUUCAGCUUCAGAGUAACUCAAUCAGCAACAGAGGGAUGACAGCCUUAACCAAAGCACUUCGGCUGAACCGUGGCCUUGUCUCCUUAAAUUUAAGGGAGAACUCAAUCGGUGUGGAGGGAGCAAAGAACAUGGCCCACGCCCUCUAUGAAAAUAACUCUCUACAAGACCUCGAUCUCACAGCCAACCUGUUGCAUGAUGAAGGAGUUCACGCUAUAGCUGGCGCAAUCAAGAUGAAUCAAGGCCUCACCUCUUUGCAUCUCCAGUGGAAUUUCAUCAAGUCCUCUGCCACUAAAGCUCUUGCCCAUGCACUCCUUUCCAAUGCCACAAUGCAGCUCUUGGAUCUACAGGAGAAUGCUAUUGGGAAUGAAGGCGUCAUUUUUCUUGCUGAAGCCCUGCAAACCAACUCGUCUCUGCGUACAUUAUGUCUGCAGGGCGUCUCAGCGGGAACAAGUGGUGCUAUUGCAAUGGCAAAGGCUCUAAUGACAAACCAAACCCUGCAAACAUUAGAUCUACGUGGGAACACUGUAGGGAUGGAGGGGGCCAAGGCUCUGGCUAACGCACUGAAAGGCAACAGAAGCCUGAAAUCAUUAAAUCUGCAGGAGAACUCUCUGGGUAUGGAUGGAGCCAUAUUCAUUGCAACUGCCUUGAAAGGCAACCAUCAGUUGACAUACAUCAAUUUGCAGGGAAAUGGCAUCGGCGAGUCUGGAGCAAAGGUCAUAUCUGAUGCUAUACGAGCCAAUGCUCCAGGAUGUGUGGUGGACAUCUGACUCUCUACUAAGGAAGGUUAUAGGUGUAGCACAGGAAUAACUGGCAGGCUGUGUCAUCAGAAAUAUGUGUAAACUAUGUAAUUUAGUAACUAGUAAUUUUGUUAGUUCAGUAACUUAACUCUAGCUGUGUGUUGGUGCUUGGAUAUCACUCUAUACCUGUUAUAGAUAAAUAUUUGCAUAUUUAUAAUUACAUUAUUAUUAAAAUACCAGUUGCCAUCCAAUGAAUAAAAAAUUACAUGGCACCAGAAUUGAAUGUAAAAUACAAUACACACAUUUUCACCCCUGAUGUGAUUAGAAUUUCUGAUGAAAACAUUAUUUCAUGAGGACUGGUCUGACUUCAUAACUUUGCUGUAAUCUUUGGCUGCACAAAUGACUGCAAAAAGAUAUUUGUGUGUUAUAAAUACAACCAUAUAUUUUUUAAUGAUGGUUGUUGGCACUAGAAAGAUCUAUUUUCAUUACUAUCAAGAAAUUAAAGUUAUUUAUUUUUCACUUUAUAACACAGGGUUGCACAAUGAAUGUAAAUUGUAGCCCCUGCAUGCUACACGCACACAUAUAUAUAUAACAUAUAUAAACAUAUUUUGAUUACAUUUGUUUCCUUUUCAAACUUUUGGUUUAUGUUAAUUUUCCUUGCUAAAUCAUCUAAUCAUCAAUUAUGUGCAAGAGUGCCAAGAAGCAAACAAAAGUAGAUAAAACAUUUUUUUGUAAUAAUAAAAAAAAAAAAACUUAUAUAGCAAGAUUAAAUUAGCUCUGUGA